AAAAACAGUUGCUUGUAAACACAUAUAAACUUAAGUUAAAUAAUAAGUUAUUAUUAUUAUAUAAAUUAAAUGACGUUAAAAAUAAUAAGUAAUAAUUUUUCAUUUUAGUAAAGCAAUACAUUAUAUAUUUAUUAUUAUAGCAAAAUAUAAUUGAUAUUAUUAUAAAGUCAGAAGAUGAUUAAAUUUAUAUUUUAUUUUGCUAGUGUUUUGUUGAGUUUAAUUGGACAAUCACAAAUCAAAGGAUGCUUUCAUUUUAAAAGCUUUAAAAAAAUUAAACCUAUAUAUCAGUCACCAAAAGAUGAUACAAUAUACAAGAAUCCAGUGAAUAUAUCAAAUGAUUUGUGUCACUUGUGCUAUAUGGAAAACAACACAGUUACUUUAUGUCCAUGUCAUCACAUUAUAGGAAACUAUUGCGCAAAUAAAUUGUUUAAAGGACCAAACAUUUGUCCUCUAUGUACCCAAGAGAUAGAGUAUUAUAAAGAUAUAGUUCAUUUGACAAAUUUUCAAUUUGAAAGUCGCAGCCCGUACCGAUUCCGUGUUCUUACUGAAACAGAGUUGUAUAGUUUAAAGUCUAGUAUUAAGAAUGGCAUGACUGACGAAGAAUUUAUGGCCCGUUUUUGGUACCUUCGACGCUGCCAAGAACCUGAUGAAGAUCUGCUGUGGAGCAUUAAUUUAAGCUUGAUAACUCGCGAUGAUCGUAAGAAAAUCGCAAUUUUAAAAAAGGAACUUUUGUCUAACAUAUCUUCCGAAAUAUUUGUGUAUAAAGACAAUUUUAGAAAAAAUUUAAAUGACGAAGAAUAUUAUACAGUAUCUUCAUUUUAUAGAAGAUUCCAAAAAUUGUAUAGAGGAUACGAACUUGAAAUACGAAAGACAUACCUUGAUUUCAUGUUUACGUAAUUAUUUAUAGAUUUAUAACAUUAGUUUUCAUGUAAAACAUUAUUAAAACAAUUUUUAAAUUAUGUGGUUAAAUACUAAUAGUUAUUUUACUAAUUAAUAAACGUUUGGAAGGCGAAUUAAAAAAACAAUAAAACAAUUUAUUUUGUAAAAGUAACAAUAAAUAACGUUGAUUAUCUGUAUUUAUCAAGCAUGUUCAGUGUACUAAUUUUUUAAGAAUCUUAAUGAAAAAGUCAAUGUAUUAAUAAUAUUUUUAGGUA